AUGGUGGAACGAAUUAAAGAUUCUGCCGGAGCUAGAGGAUGGCGGUUAAGUGACAUUAUAGACUGGGAAACAGCAGGAUAUUAUCCUGAAUAUUGGGACUACACUAAGAGCAUGUUUGAAGAAUUUCGGUGGCCAAGGAGGUAUAACGGGAUGACGCAAGACGUGUUCAACGAGUUUGGUGAUUACAGUGAGGAAUUAGGUGUAGAGAGGCGGGCUUGGGCGUUAGGAGACGGAAUUUAG